AUGGAUACAUCCAUGAUGAACCCUGACAACAACAGGGUCAUUACAAGAUUCUGGAUGUUGUUUGGAAACAAGUUGAUAAGAACAAUCAUCUUUCAACAUGUUGAUCAUAUUCAUAGACAUUGGAUAGCUGAUGGUUUAUCAUCAAGAACAAACAAAAAAGAUGAAGAUGAUGACCAAGAACAAGAUAACAACAACAAUGACAACAACAACCUUGACGAUGACUUCAUCAACCUCAACGCCAACAACGCCAACAAUGCCAAAGAAUACCCAUCUAUCAAAUCAACGAUCAAGGGUGGAAAGUUAUAUACUGAUGGCUGCCUUACACAGAUGAUCAAGUACAAUGCUGUACAAUGGUUCAUUGAGGUGUUUGACAGACUGCCCAACAAGUCAUUCACACUCACCGCUGAACUAAUGUACCGAUCAUUCAAGUACAACAAUACAACUAUAUUCAAUCAUAUCUUGAGCAGAACCGGUACCAACAUGGGCCAGUUGACCAAUAAGUGGCUGAUCAACAUACUCGAGCGUGGAAAUGUCGAAAUGUUCAAAGCAUACCUUGAGGUGCACACAGCACGCACAUUGCCACUCAAUGACUCGCACCUGGUGACUGCGAUUGACACUGGCAACGAACACUUUGUACGUCUGUUGCUCCAACAUCACUGCUUCGAGCAGCCUCCCGAAGAAGCUGAACGGCUCGUCCUCAAGCGUCCGGGCGUCAGCGUCAAUGUGCUCAAAGUGCUGCACGAGGACUAUGAUCGACUGUAUCAUGAUGAUCUCUGGAAGAUGACCCUGCUCCACUCCAUUCGAAGUCAACAAGCAGACAGCGUGCAAUACAUCAUUGAUCACCUGCCGCCAACCAAGGAGUCAACAAUGAUUGAGUGCAUCCAUACUUGGAUGACUCACAUCGUGGCACAUGGCAACGUCGCUAUCAUCAACUCGAUUAGCCCUCGAGUCUUUAGAUAUUUGCUUCCUAUGCACUGCGACUUGCUAUCGACUGCGCUGAUGGUGGCCAUUGCAGAUGGAUAUGAAGAGGUCAUCAAGUAUCUCUACACUCAUCAUGUUGGAAUGGGCAAGGGAGGAAUGCAUCCAAUGGCCGAGAUAACAGUUGUGCAGCAUCUCUUUGGCGAAUCCUAUGUCAAGGUGCCCAAGAACGAUCUGAACUCAAACAUUCUGGCUAUCAACACACCAUCGAUUGUCAUCAUCAAGGAUGUCAUUGAGCAAGUCGAUUCACAUCUCCAAAACAUGAUAUACAUCUCGACAUCAUUGUGGCGACGAAUGUCCAAGCGAAUGGCCACGCACAUCUCCAACCCACGCUCCCGCCGACUACCAUUGUUCAAUCCACAGACCCUUCUCAGCAUGUUGCAAUCAGUUGGAGUGCCGGGCAGCCAGGUCACUGAGGACAUGGUGCUCAACUUCGUUGACAACUGUGCUCAAUACGUGGACCCCGACAGCGACCAAUAUGCCACGGAAAGUGUGCAGGCAACGCAAGCAUUGGUGUUGGCCACAAAACUCUCGAUGACGAGGAGCAUGCAGAGGAUACACGGUGCCUACCAGCUUGAGUACAACACCGAUUGUUUGCGCAAGGCCUUGGCCAACGACGACUUUAUGGCCCUGUCUAUCAUCUUUGGAAAUGUCCUACCAACCGAGCUCGAUGAUUGGUCGAACAACGAGCAUGUGGACCUGGCCGCGGACAAACUGAUCGCAAAAUCCUCGUUGGACACAGUGACAUUGGUGCUCAAACAUCUUUCGGCUACCAGAGAGGACGUCUGUAUUUGUGAGUGGGCCGUGUUCAACAGCGCGCCAGAGGUGUUCCAGCACAUCAUCAAACUGUUCACCUUUGAGGAGAUCGUAUCAAACAUCAAUGAUACUAUCAUGCGCGCAUUCGAAUGUGACAGACCUGAUGUGUUGGUCACACUGCGACAGCUGUACGAGGACAAUGGCAAGACACUACCUAUGCCCAGUCUUCAUUUGUUGGUACUUGGUGCCAAGUCCAACAGCCUCCAAGCAUUGGUCUACUACCUCGGUACACCAGAGUUUGCCAAUCUGCCCAAGAUAAUCAGAUUGAGAACACUCCAUGCCAUCAACAUCAACGCACACUUUGAAGGAAACGUCGGAAUCGUCAACCACACCAGUGAGCUCAUCAAGGAAGCACAAGCCAACAAGAAGAGGGGUCGCGACGAGUCUGAGAUUGGUCAUAAUCAACGAGAUGAUGAAGAUGAUGCCAAGGUUCGAGUUGCUGCAUCACCAAGACUUGAGACAGCAAUCCACAAGGUGUUCACAGACACCAAGUUGAUUGGCCUUGUCAUGGGCCAUAUUAGCAACGUCCACAACAGUGCCAGUGUUGGCGAAGAACAAAGAGUCAAAGGCAAAGUACUACUCGCCUGUAACAGUCUGGGCCAAUAUAACAAGUUUGGUGCAUCACAAUGGUUCCUCAAAGCACACCAAACGCUUGAGGACAACAACAACAGAUUCUUCCCCAACUCCAACCUGCUCUACAACUCAAUGAUCAUGCCCAACACGGCAAUCCUGGAUGCAUUGCUCAUCAAUCCCAAGAUGGUGUACCAGGAGGAUGGCCAGAACUUCUUGAACGACAUGUUCAUCUUCCAAUCGGACUGCAUCAAUCCUGAUUGGAUGCGCACACUCGAUCAAUACCUGGUCAACACUCUGCAGGAUCCCAAAGACAUUGAGAUUGACAUCGACAUGCUUUUGCAGAUCCGCCAUCCAUCGCUGCUCCGCAAGCUCAUAGAACUAGGCUUCGAGAUCGUUCCCUACGAUACUGACACGGACAAGGUCCACGAGAUGGUCGAAGGAUGGCUCCUCAAGCCUUGGGCGCUCGAGAUGUUCAAGCUGCUGUGUGAGCACUCACUGAUAGGAUAUGAAGUCAAGUUCGCACUACUUGAGGAGGCGAUCUGUAACAACGUCGUAGAUGUCGUGAGGUACAUCUUUGAGGCCGAGUUUGACGAUAUGAUGAUCCAUGAUAACUCACGACCAUACAGCAUUGUCUCACAAUGCAUGUCUAUAGAUUGCCAAAAGGAGAUCGUCGACAUUGUGCUGUCGAAGAUCCCAUUGUACACAUUCCCUAAGGACAGGCAAGCAGACUUGCAUCGCGAAGCUGCAAGGCGAGGUAACUUGGCGAUGUACAUCAAGUUGGAAGGGGUUUGUGGCCCCUCCAACGACUACCAGAGAUUGAGCUCGGCACUCCACUACCACGGCCACAUGGACCUGGUCAACUAUAUUCUCAGCAAGCCGCCGCCACCCCCCAACGUCCAUCUACCAAUCCAUCAGAUCAAUUCCACGCUCAUAUCGGUCGAGUUGAUCCAACGACUGCGCGCCAUUCCAGCAAUUGCAUGCCCGUCUGCCUCAUUGAUGGGACAUGCCAUUCGGUCGGGCAAGAAGGACGUGAUCGAAUUUCUGAGGCAAGAAUGCCCACCCAACGAUAUAUUGGCAUUCGAGCACGCGCUGACCUAUUCUGACAUCCCCACCGCCAGGAAGAUCCUUCAGUCUCCAGAAUUCAUCAAACAACGCGAAGAGGAUAGAGGCCUGUUGGGACGACACUCUACGUACGCCCUUUGUAUUGGCGCCACCAAAAUGAGUGAUGAUGAUUUCAUUGAGUUCCUUAAAGUCAUGUUCAACCCCGAGGAUACAAGCGAGCUGGCCGUGUCAGAUCUUCUUCUGGCCGCUGUCAGAAAGUCAUCCCGAGUGGUCAAGCAUGUUGUUGCUCUUGCCUCAACCGCCACUGAUGCAAUUGCUAUUAUCAAGAUUGAUUUAUUCAAGAGUUUCAUCCAAGUUUGCAUCAACAGGGCAGACACCGAGUCGAUAGAGUGUCUGGUCGAAAUGGCCGUCAACACCAGACAGUUCAGUCCACGCGCUCUGUUCCCAUUGGAGAUUAAGAAUGUCAGCAUCGUGGAACUCAUACUGGACAAGGGCUACUUCACAAUGGAUGGCAGCUCAUACGAGUUGGCGAGAUUGGUCGAUUGGGCAUGUGAGAACGGACAAAUUGACGUGCUCAAGACUGUGUAUCAGCGCAUUGCCACCCCCAUCCAGCUUCACAACUAUCUUCCAACGUUGAUGAAUGUAUACAAGUCAGCGAUGGAGAAUGAACAUAAGGUGUUGGCAUACCUUUAUGAAGAACUUGGCCAGAUACUCAAUGCAAGAGAUGAACAACUUGGUCGCAUCCAUCAAGCAUACAUCAAACGCACAAUGGACUACGUCCUUCAAGGUGCACUACUAGUUGGCAACAUCAACAUCAUAGACAUGCACCAACGCCUUCAAUCCAAGUAUCAAUAA